AUGCUUGAGAGUGGCUGCUGGGAGAUUCCCGCAAGCUUGCCGGCAUGCCGAACCUCUCGGAUUACUAUAGGUUCGUGCUGCUCCGGUUGGUGCAGUGAAGUCUUCGCAGCGCAGCUAUUGGAGCUGCAUGCUCGAGAAGUCUUUGCGUGCGAGUCUUGGGGCCCUGCAUCCCUGCUGACCGCAGCUACUCACGAUCACAUCUACUUCUUCGAGGAUGCAUUUCGUGACUUCAUGUCCGCACCCACUGUGGACGUGUUCGUGGCCGGAGCACCAUGUGGACCAUGGUCCCAAGCCGGCUUGGGCCACGGCUUCGAUGAUGACGAUGGACUCCUCAUCUUCCCCAUCCUGCGCUGGAUCGAGCUGCGGAAGCCAAAGGUUGUGAUUUUGGAGCAGGUAGACUCGCUGGCGAAACGCCACCCGGAAGUUCUCUCUCUGAUCAUCGAGGUUCUGCGUAGUUUUCAGGGACAAGCAGGACAGGCCGAGUACCAAGUGUCGUGGCAAGCUUUGAACUGCAGAACACAUGGCUUUAUUCCGCAAAACAGAGGGCGUCUGUUCAUCGUUGCCAUCCGUGCACAGUUUGCAGUGCAACAGAUGUGCUGGCCGGGUGAGGUGCCAGCGCAACCUCUGUCGGACUUCAUCGACGACGACGCUGGUGCAGGACUCCUUCCAUUUCCGGGACGAAUGCCUGGCACAGCAACCGCGAAACGAAACACCAGGGACAUCUUCGAGAAAGUCCUGCUCGGAGGGCGUGAUCCCCUGGAGGUGCAGCUAGUCAUGAACGUGGACGGUUCCCAGGCGCACUACAACGAGAACUACUGCCCGUGCCUCACUCGCAGCAGAGCUGCCGCCGGAGGCUUUUGGCUCAGCUGGCGUCAGCGCAGGACCUCGACGGCAGAAAUUUGCCGGCUGCAGGGAGUGGACUACGACAUGCUUCCCGAGGGUGUCAUUACUCAGCGGCAGCUACGGCAGAUUGCAGGCAACGCAAUACCAGUACCUCUGUUAGCCAGAGUCAUGCAAGCGGCCCUGGAAGCAGCCGGUCUCGUCAGUUUGCACUGA